AUGGACAUAGCACAUCAAGCUCAUCCCAUCAGUCCACUGGGAAAAGAAGUCCGAGACUUGUCACAAAUACCGGCCACCGAGCUGGCAGAAGCAGCUGAUUUCUUUCGGGAUAACUUUGGCUCAACACUGCUUUUCUUCAUCGACCCACUCACCUUCACAACCCAAUUCUGCUCUGGAGAAUUACCAAUGAGUCUCACUUUUGCAAUCCUCGCUUUGACCGCUCGGUUUAGUCCAUGGAGCUCGAUUGAGGAGUCUCGGGCUUAUCGUACAAGGGCUCUGGAAUUCCUUCAGAGAGAACGUGACGAGGUCUCACUCCAUGUUGUACAAGCAUACCUGAUCCACUGCGUAUACGAAGUUGGCUGCGGCUUUGAAUCUAGCGCUUGGAUCCAUCUGGGGAAUGCCGUUAGGAUGGCACAAAUCCUCCGUUUGUCUGUCAUGGACAAGCCUCACUCCAAUUUCGAUUGGGGCCGGCCUGCUCCAAACGUGAAUGAAAAUGCAACCACGGUCGAAUUGAAGCGAAGAACAUUUUGGAGUUGCUUCUUCCUUGACAGACUCUUGUCCAAUGGUAGAGAUCGGCCAAGUAGCAUUGAUGAGAAGGAUAUUUGCUGUCAUUUCCCGGUCUCUGAAGAGGAUCUUGUUUUCCGACGCUUUCACCAACCUCCUAAUCCGAGUACUGUCGGUCUGAGUUACGAAACCUCAAGCAAUCUUUAUGUCUCCCUCGCUCGAAUAUUGUCGAUCUUGGGGGAGAUAAUCACCUGGCACGGGCGAGGUGGGCGAUAUACUGACGCUAGGGCUCCGUGGAGGAGUGACAUGCCAUUUACUGAACUUGACCACCAGCUGAUGGAAUGGCAGCGGCAGGUUCCCGAUCAUCUUCAUUACUCGAGGGAUACCUUUGCUGCACUUGCAAUGUUGAACCUUUUCUUCGCGCUGAUUGAUGAGGAAAGCUUCAAAGAUACCAGGAUUGCUCGCGAAGCGGAGGCUUUAUUGCAGGACGACAUCAAAGCCAUGGAAUCGUUGUCUCGGUUCUGGGACCUGCCAAAAUACUGGGUACGCUGA